CUUCAACAAAAGUAAGGAGCCUCAAAAAUGGAUCGUUUGCUGUUCACUCUGACCGUUGUCGUUCUGAUGGCUGCACAUGCUUUUGCUUUAAAAUGUUAUGUCUGCAAGGGUACUGAAGACGAUUGUAAGAAGAGCAAGUUGGAAAAAAACAAAGCCAACUUUUUAAAAACGUGUUUUGUCGGCGAUAAAUGCGUCAGAUCUUGGUCUCAAAGCAAAGAUGACGAUGCCUUGGUUUCGAGUGGAUGCACUUACCAAACGCUCUGUGACGCCGAAAAGUCCGCUUGUGAUAAAUUGAAGGAUACUCUGAAGGACUACCAUUGUGCGAUUGGCUGCUGUUCUGAAGACGGAUGUAACGCAAGCUCCCGUUUAGCUGCCAACAUCAUCCUGUUGGCCAUUUCCUCUGUCCUGGGCCUAGCACUGCUGAAGUAAGCCGUGGAAGGCUUUAAAAGUCUACUUUUCAUUUCGCUUAUUGCUCGUUUAAACUUAUUUUAUACUCAGUUGGCGUGGUCACCUAAAGUUUUAGAUGCACUCAGUUUUCAGAACAGUUGGAGCAGCGGAAUCUCCCGUGCACGUUUAGCACUGCUGGCAAUUGUUACUACUUUUUAAUCGUUUUGCGGAUUUUCAUUUUUUGUUUUUCCAUUAAUAUUUUCGAAAUCUAUUUUCUGUGGCCUAAUUUUGUGUGACUGAAUAAAAGGGCGUUCACGAUCUUUUCAUUCUGAAGCCCAUGGUACUAUUA